GAGAUAUCACACGCCAACAUCAACAAAUAAUUUGUGUUCAGAUACAAAACGUACUCAAUCAGUAUCAGUUCCUACCAAAAAGAAAAAAAAACUCAAUUACCAACAAAGUUCACAAAUCUAAGCUUCAUGGCGUCAAGGAUGCAAAGAACAACCAGUUGCCCCACUGGAAACGAUCAGCAACGUAGCCAGCUACAAAGACGAGGUCCGUCUUUAAUGAUCAAACCAUCAUCAUCGGUUAGUAACUGGAACGUGGUCAUCCCUCUCCUCUCUCCGGUUGCUCCUUCCCCAGCAUCGUCCUCCAAAGACCAAUCGCAUGUUCCUCCGCCGCAGAACAAGACUGAGAAACCGGGGGAAGAGGAGGUGAAGAAGACGCCGGUUUUCAAGAAAUGGGAACAUCCAGCGUCGCCAGUCUCCUAUGAGCCGACGACGUUUGUCCUACCUUUCAUAUCUGUUUAGCGACCAGCCACAACAUGUGAAGCUUGUUCGUGUUAUAUAACAACAACACGCGCGUCUUAACUUUUUUUACACGUUUUGUAAAAAUCUAACAGCUCUUAGGCACAGUUUUUUCCUCUUUUUGAAGUUUACACAAAGGACUAAAAGAAUAAAUGAAGUUACGAUAAACUCUAAAGAUUAUUUUGUUUUCAACGACACUAACUACUAGUCAAGAGAACUCGUUACAAAUAAUUUUAUAAUAAUGUGAACCGUCAUUUUAAUGUUAUUAUUGU